AUAAACUCCUCUGAAUCGAGAGGCGCUGAGAAAAUCAUUGACUAUAUUUUUUUCCCACAUGAGUUGGAAUAUGUAGUCGAACGUGUUUGCAUUAAUUUCAGCAGAAAGGCGGCUCCCUGUACCUGAACAGGGUUGCUACAUUGACCCCACUCCUGCCUCCUCCCGCUGUCAGACCCGUCCUGAGCCGGUGAGAGUUAGUGUGACCCGGACUGCGGCAGACCCGCUCUACCCCGGCUCACCCGGCCCUGUCCAUCUGUAAUGAGCGACGGACACAUCACAGCCGAGUGGCCUCGGGAGCAGCAGCUCAGACUCAGCUCUCCGUACAGAGUGAGAACACCGGUGCAGGACCAGUGUCGAUCGCCCGGCAAGUCAGACUGUGAUUUCCCGGGACCACACUGAACGCCGUCCUGCUACAACAUCAGAGGUUAACCACCCUGGUCCAGAUCCACUGCCGCUCACCCGGGAGGUCAGAGUGAGGUUACCCGGGACCGCACCGAACGCCAUCCGGUUACAGCAUCAGAGGUUACACACGACAAGGAAUUUGGCUACGGGAAUCUCGAACACAACAGGCCAGUCUCGCUGUGUCUGCCCAGAUAUUUAAAAAGUGCAGCGGGCUAUUCGUGCAAUCAUCCUUCAAUCGUGCAAUCAUCCAUUCGUGCAAUAUUUCCCGAUCCUACCUGUUUCGACCGGGAAGGGACUCGCUCGGUCAUCUGACCUACUGGCAUACCCGUCAUUUUACACCGGGGAGCGGCCGUUCAUCUGCUCAGACUGUGGGAAGGGAUUCACUCGGUCAUCCCACUUACGGACACACCAGUCAGCAUACACUAAGGAGAGGCCAGUCACCUGCUGAAUUUGUGGGGAAGGUCAUCUGACAUAAUGGCAGAUCAGCGAGUUCACACUGGGGAGGGGCCAUUCACCUGCUCAGACUGUGGGAAGGGAUUCAGUAAAUCAUCUCACCUACUGAAACACCAAUCAGUUCACACUGGGGAGAAGCCGUUCACCUGCUCAGACUGUGGGAAGGGAUACACUCGGUCCUUUCAGCUGAAGGCACAUCGGAGACUUCACACUGGGGAGAGACCAUACAUCUGUUUUUUGUGUGGGAAGGGGUUCACUCAGUUAUCUAACCUAAAAGCACACGAGUCAGUUCACAUUGGGGAACGGCCCUUCAUCUGCUCAGACUGUGGGAAGCGAUUCAGUCGAUCAUCUCAUCUGAAGGUACAUCAGAGUGUUCACACUGGGGAGAGGCCGUUCACCUGCUCAGACUGUGGGAAGGGAUUUACUCAUUCAUCCUACCUGCGGAGACACCUGGUAGUUCACUCUGGGGAGAGGCGAUUCUCCUGCUCCGACUGUGGGAAGGGAUUCAAUCGAUCAUACGACCUACAGAAGCACCAACAACUUCACACUGGGGAGAGGCCGUUCACCUGCUCAGUCUGUGAGAAGGGAUUCACGCGGCCAUUCGACCUACAAAGACACCAGCGAGUUCACACUGGGGAGAGGCCGUUCACCUGCUCAGUCUGCGGGAAAGGAUUCACUUUCUCAUCUCACCUAAAGACACACCAGUCAGUUCACUCCGGGGAAAGGCCAUUCAGCUGCUCAGACUGUGGGAAGACAUUCACUCAGUCAUCUAACCUACAGAGACACCAGCGAGUUCACAGUGGGGAGCGGCCGUUCACCUGCUCAGUCUGUGGGAAGGGAUUCGCGCGGUCAUCUAAUCUACUCAGACACCAGCGAGUUCACACUGGGUAGAGGCCGAUCAUCUGCUCAGACAUUCGGGAGAGAUUCUCUCAGCCAUCUCCACCAAAUGUGCCUCAUUGAGUUUACACUGGGGAGAAGCUGUUCACCCGUUGUGAAAGUGGGAAGUGAUUCACUCAGUAAUCUAACCUUGUGACA